CAAGAUGCCGGUACGACUGACCAGGACCAUAUCAAGACAAGAAGCCCUCAGAAGAGUUCUGAACAACAUCCAACUGAACUCCUGUGUGUGUCAGGGACUAGGCUAUCGACCUGUGAACCCUGAUCACCAGACUACUAGCUGAGGGUCUCUUGUCACUAAACAUUUGCUGCUUCCCUCACUUCUCCUCACUUUCAGCUCUCCCCGUUCUCUGAACUUUGACCUGAGGCCUCUAGACUCCCAGUUCUCUGAACUUUGACCUCAGGCCUCUAGACUCACCGUUCAUUGAACUUUGACCUCAGGCCUCUAGACUCACGUUCUCUGAACUUCGACCUCAGGCCUCUAGACUCCCCGUUCUCUGAACUUCGACCUCAGGCCUCUAGAUUCCCCAUUUCUCUCCCCCUAUUCUCCACUCCUGUCUGGUCAUGGCUCCGUCCCUGGCCACAGCAUUUGCCAGGCGGUGGUGGAUGGCAGUGACAGCCAUCAUAGAAAACCUGCUGUUCUCAGCUGUCCUGCUGGGCUGGGGAUCACUACUCAUCAUGCUCAAGUCAGAAGGCUACUACUCCUACAUGUGCAAUGGAGAAGGUAACCACACCUCCUCCUCCAACCUGUCUGUCCCCCUCCCCCCACCAGAGGGCGAUGAUGACUACAGUGAUUACUACUCUGAGGCAGAGGGUGUGGUGGGGUUAGGGGAUGGGGUAGAGAUGAGGCCCCUGGCCCAGGACCCCAAUGGCCCUAUGAGGAUGAACGGCUGGCUCAUCUGUAAGGACCAGGAUGAGAUGUUGAACCUGGCCUUCACCGUGGGAUCAUUCCUUCUGUCAGCCAUCACUCUGCCGCUGGGCAUCGUCAUGGACAAAUACGGACCGCGCAACCUACGACUGCUGGGCAGUGCCUGUUUCUCCUUCUCUUGUCUUCUCAUCGCCUACGGAGCAUACAACCCUGAUGAGCUGUCAAUCCUGAUCUUCAUCGCGCUGACAUUUAACGGCUUCGGAGGAAUGUGCAUGACCUUCACCUCCCUCACGCUCCCUAACAUGUUUGGUGAUUUGCGUUCUACAUUCAUUGCUCUGAUGAUUGGUUCCUAUGCCUCCUCUGCUGUCACCUUCCCUGGAGUCAAGGUGAUCUAUGACCUUGGUGUGACCUUCAUCACCAUCAUGGUUGUCUGGGCAGCGUGUUCCGGCCUCGUCUUCUUCAACUGCUUCUUCAACUGGCCCCUGGAACCUUUCCCUGGCCCCGAGGACAUGGACUACAGUGUGAAGGUAAAGUUCAGUUGGCUGGGUUUUGACCAUAAGAUCACAGGGAAGCAGUUCUACCAUCAGGUGACCACGGUGGGGAAGCGUCUGAGUGUGAGCAACAGUCUGAAGCAGAGAGAGCUGGCCACUAAGGAAGGACACAAACUCUGUCUCUCAACCAUGGACCUGGAGGUCAGCAAAAGACCCAAUGAGGAAUCCCAGUCGUUCAUGCAGAGCAUCAUCAGCCCUCUCUUCAUCCUCUCUCUGGUCACCAUGUCCAUCACUCAGCUCCGUCUCAUCUUCUACAUGGGAGCCAUGAACAACAUCCUGGAGGCCCUCAGCGAUGGAGACCUCAACACUGUGGAGAGAAUGGAAGUUGUCAGUUUGUACUCCUCUAUCUUCGGCAUGCUGCAGCUACUAUGUCUGAUGACGACUCCAGUGAUUGGUCAGAUUAUGGACUGGAAACUGAAGGACUGCGAAGAUGCAGAGGGGGAGGAGGAACCGUGUAGCAAGGACCAGCUCAAGGCCAAGCCCAGAGACAGACAGAUCCAGAAGGUGACCAAUGCAAUGCGAGCGUUCAUCCUGACCAAUGUCCUAUUGGUGGGAUUCGGCAUCACCUGCCUGGUGCCCAACCUCCCACUGCAGAUCCUGUCAUUUGUCCUCCAUACUGUUGUGAGAGGGUUCAUCCACUCUGCAACCGGAGGUCUCUACGCUGCUGUGUACCCGUCGUCUCAGUUUGGCAGUCUGACGGGGAUGCAGUCUCUGGUGUCUGCUCUGUUUGCUCUUUUCCAGCAGCCGCUCUUCAUGGCCAUGAUGGGCCCUCUGAAGGGAGACCCACUCUGGGUGAAUGUUGGCCUGUUGGGGGUCAGUAUGCUGGGCUUCCUGCUGCCUCUGUACCUGGUGUGUUUCAGACGCACACUGCACCGCCAGAUACAGGACAGAGACCAGGACUCGAAGAUAUACCUCAAGAUCAACGGGUCCAGCAAACCUGAAGCUUUCGUCUAGAAAAGGGAGAGAGUGAGGAAGGUGGGAGGAGAUGGGAGGGAGAAGAGGGGAGAAGAGUGUUGAUCUACGUUGAAUCUGCAGAGGACACACACAUACACACAGAUAUCUACACACGCCCACACACACACUUUUGAAGAGACCCAUGUAAGAACUUCUCCUCUUGUCAUGAAAACAUACUACCUUGGACAGACACUAAGGACUGAAUAAGAGCAAGAACAAGAGAGAGGGCCCCACUUCUUCUUCUCCUCUCCUCUCAUGUUCUCCUCUGUUCACCUCUCAUGUUCUCCUCUCAGUUCUCUUCUCAGUUCUCCUCUCUUCUCCCCUCCUCUCUCCUUUUCUCCCCUCUUCUCUUCACAUACAGUGCUCACUACCCCCCCCCCCUUUCUAGCUCUGAAAUAACAUCCUAUGCCUGGAUGUCCCACCUAGCUAUCUUAAGAUGGAUGCACUACUGAGUUUGUAGAUGAUGCUCUGGGAGGAGUUCAGGGUUGGUAACCAUGGUGACAGACAGGAUGGGUGGUGUUCUACAGUUGAUAACCAUGUUGAAGGACAGUGGGAGGUGUUCUAGGUUUAAGGACCAUGGUGACAGACAGGGUGGGAGGUGUUCUACAGUUGGUAACCAUGAUGAUAGACAGUGGAUGGUGUUCUACAGUGGGUAACCAUGGUGACAGACAGUUGGAAGUGUUUUAGGGUUGGUAACCAUGGUGACAGACAGGAUGGGUGGUGUUCUACAGUUGAUAACCAUGUUGAAGGACAGUGGGAGGUGUUCUAGGUUUAAGGACCAUGGUGACAGACAGGGUGGGAGGUGUUCUACAGUUGGUAACCAUGAUGAUAGACAGUGGAUGGUGUUCUACAGUGGGUAACCAUGGUGACAGACAGUUGGAAGUGUUUUAGGGUUGGUAACCAUGGUGACAGACAUGGUGGGAGGUGUUCUAGGGUUGAGGACCAUGGUGACAGACAGGGUGGGAGGUGUUCUACAGUUGGUAGCCAUGAUGAUAGACAGUGGAUGGUGUUCUACAGUGGGUAACCAUGGUGACAGACAGUUGGAAGUGUUUUAGGGUUGGUAACCAUGGUGACAGACAUGGUGGGAGGUGUUCUAGGGUUGAGGACCAUGGUGACAGACAGGGUCGGAGGUUUUCUACAGUUGGUAACCAUGGUGACAGACAGGGUGGGAGGUGUUCUACAGUUGGUAACCAUGGUGACAGACAAUCGGGGUGUCUCUAGCGCCAGGCGACCCACCAUUACGCACACCUGUCACCAUCAUUGCGUUCAUUUGCGCAAUAUUGGACUCACCUGGACUCCAUUACUUUGCCCCUCUAUAUCUGUCUGCUCCUCAGUUUGUUCCCCGUGUCAGCAUUAUUGUUACUAUGUUUUUCCCUGUCCAGACGCUGUCCUUGUUUGUUUCUUGUCUGUUAUCCAUUAAAUGUUCACUCGCUGUACUUGCCA